GCAAGAGUGGGUAUAAAAGGGGGAGCAGAGUACCCCUCCAAAAUUGCAAAGAGUGGGGCAAAAGGAGAGCACGAACCUCAUCGCUGAAGAACAGUUUUUCUUUCAGCAGACACCGUGGAGGCAAUUUUCCAACAUGAAUCUGGUAGCAGAUCUUCUCUGUUUGUUGGCUUGCCUUACCCUGGUGACUUGUGACAGGGUCUACGUCCACCCUUUCAAUUUGCUUUCUUUCAACGAGAGUGACUGUGACAAGCCAGAAAAAUUGGUUCAGGAGGGAAAGAUGAAAACUAUUGUCCCCAUCUCCAUUGAGUCUCAAACCACACCUGCCUACGAAAAUGACUUGAAUGACAAGGACACGUUGGAACCCCUGAGCCUAAAUGGCUGGGGGAAGGAGGAACCAGGCUACAUGAAGGACUUGGUGUACAUCCUGGGAGUGCGGUUUUACAGCAUGCUGCGGAAAGCGCAGCAGGGUAAAAAUGUGCUUCUGUCCCCAACCAGUCUUUACAGUUCCUUGGUGUCUUUCUACCUGGGUGCCUCAAACCAAACAGCACUUGAUUUGCAGGGUUUGCUGGGACUUGUUCCCCCCUCUGGAAACCCUGACUGCACUUCCAGGGCAGUGGGAAGCAAUUUCCUUUCCAGCCUGAGGACAAUCGAAAGCCUCAUGAAGAGUAGGGACGAGGAGCUGCUCUUUUCCAAGACACUCUGCCUGUUCUCUGCCCCUGGAAUACCUUUAUUUGAACUGUUCAUGCAGGACUUGCUCCACUCUGCUGAUGCUUUCUACGCCCGAGCUGUUGACUUCACAAAUCCAAGUGAGGCAGCAAAACAAAUAAAUGCCUUUGUGGAGGCCAAAAGCGAGGGCCAAAGCAAAUGCUUACUGACAGAUAUCGAUCCAUCUGCAGACCUGCUGUUUGCGGUGGACGUCUGCUUGGCAGUGAAGGUUAAGCAAGCCUUCCAGCUGAAAGAGCCUCAGGAGUUCUGGAUGGAUUCAAACACAAAGGUCUUGGUCCCUAUGUUGUCCAUCAUGGGGACAUUCCAGCACAAAACUGAUGCCAGUGGGACUUUCUCUGUGGUGGAAGUCCCCAUCAGCAAGACGGCACUGCUGGUGCUGCUGCAGCCCAUCAAUGGCAGUGACCUGGAGCAUGUGGAGUCUGAGCUGACAUGGCAGUCCUCAGCCUGGCUUCAGCGGCUGUCCCCAAGAGAAAUUAAAUUAACGCUGCCGGCAUUAAGAAUAGAAGACAGCUCUGAUCUACAGGAGCUUCUUGCAGAUAUGGAACUGCCGGCACUGCUGGGGAAGGGGGCAGAUUUCAGUAAAAUAAGCAACACCAAUCUAACAAUUGGAAAGGUAAUAAAUAAAGCCCUUUUCAAACUGACCAGUGAUGAAACAGAUCAGGCAGAAGAUCCUGCAGCACAGAAGGAAGAUGGGGUGUACCUGGAUGUAACGCUGAACAAGCCGUUCCUUUUUGCUGUUUUGGAAAAGAAGUCAAGGGCAAUGCUUUUCCUUGGCAGAGUAACAAACCUUCUGCAUGAGGUUUAAAUGCAAACACAGGAGAUAAGAAAGGAAGGGAAUGAUGCCGUUUCCCAUCACCAUUUUCUUAUUCAUCAGCUAUUUUUGUGAUGUUGUUGAGUGCUCUACUUAGAGAUGAAGCAGUUAGUGUUUGAAAUACAGCUUUUUGAAAGCUAACACAUUGCAGCAUUUCAUCCUCAUUCAUCAGUUUCCUGUGAGGUGACACGCUCUUCCUCCAGCUUCUCUUUUUAUUCUCACUUUGUCUCCCUUUUGCUCCCAGCUCCCUUUUUUGAUGCAGUGGGGCAGGGCAGUGUUUCGAUGCAAGGCAUUGACUUUAAAAAAACAGUUUUAUAAGCACAAACAGCAUUUACUAUAGAAAGGUAUAGAAAAGGACCUUUUCAUUCUUUAAAAAGCUGUUUAAAUUUUUUGUUUGGUCAGUUUUGCAAGAGAGACCGCCUUUUACAUUACAGUGAAAAUUUUGCAAUUAUCCACAGAAAUUUCUAGCUUCAUCAGCAACAUUUUCCUUUAAAAAGCUGUCAACAGCACAGGCAGGCUUUGCUUGUCCCACUGAGACAAGAUUUUUUGCCUUGAAAGCAAAACCACGCUUAGAGGAAGUUUCUUGUUUCUGCAGCCCAGACGGAUACAUUAAUUUCCUAACUCUAUGGAAAUGCUAAAAAUAGGGCUUGGUAGCAUUAAUGAACUGUGAUGGAUAAAUUCUCAGAGCGGGACAGAAUUAUCUCUGAUUUUUUUAAGGGAAAAAAAAAAA